GUUCACCAUCUGGAUACUCGAAUUUAACACUUUUGCUGCACCAAAAACAUCACGACAAUGGCGCGUUCGUGGCUUGAUAUCGACCCCUCCAGCGACUUUUCGCUGGCCAACAUCCCCUUUGGCAUCAUCAGCACUCCCGACGACCCUUCUCCCCAUGUCGGCAUAGCCAUUGGCACCUACGUCCUUGACCUCAAAGUGCUGGCUGAUGGGAUUGGCGGAUGGAACCUAUUGCCAUAUGGUGGGCAUGAAUCUAACCCAAAAGUCUUUGCACAGCCUACCCUCAAUGCCUUCGCGCAGCUUGGGAGAGCCGUCCAUCGUCAUGUCCGAGAAAGGAUCCAGGAUCUUCUAUCAGAAAACACAACUCACCCGGAUCUCCUAAAGAACAAUGCCGAGCUCCGAGAAAAGGCACUCGUGCCUCAGCAAAGGGUCCAAAUGCACCUUCCGAUGGCCAUAGGCGAUUAUACCGACUUUUACGCCGGUUAUCACCAUGCCUACGCCGUAGGUGUCAUGUUCCGCGGUCCGCAAAACGCUCUGCAACCAAACUACACUCACUUGCCUGUUGGAUACCAUGGAAGAGCCUCCAGCAUCGUCGUGUCAGGCACACCAGUGCGUCGCCCCGUCGGCCAGAUCCUACUGGACCCCAAAGCAGAUCCCAAGCAGCCAACCGUGGCACCCAGUCGAAGGCUAGACAUUGAACUUGAGCUGGGCUGCUUCAUCACCAAGUCAAACCCCCUGAGCCAGCCAGUCGGCAUUGACGAGGCGGAAGAGCACGUGUUUGGUUACGUUCUCUUGAACGAUUGGAGCGCGAGAGACAUUCAAACGUGGGAGUACGUCCCGCUGGGCCCGUUCAAUGGCAAGAACUUUGCCACGACCAUUAGCCCCUGGGUGGUGCUUGCGGAUGCGCUGGAGCCGUUUAGGGCCAAGGGAAUCGAGAACCCGACUCCGGUGCAGGGAUAUCUCAAGGAGAAGAGGGGGGAAACCGUCUAUGAUAUCCAACUGGAGGUGGACCUGACAACUCCGGAAGGCAACACAACCACCGUCACCAAGACGAGCGGAAAGAACCUCAUGUGGUCGUUCCCUCAAAUGAUUGCCCACCAUACACUGGGAGGAUGUCCGCUGCGACCGGGCGACCUUUUGGGGUCGGGAACAAUCAGUGGACCGGUACCGGAACAGAGUGGUAGUCUGCUUGAGUUGAGCGAGGGCGGCAAGCGGGAGAUCCAGCUCAAUGGCGGCAAUGAAACUCGCACGUUCCUCAAGGAUGGAGAUACCGUCACCCUUCGUGGUUUUUGUGUAGGAAAAGAGGGCGAAAGAGUUGGGUUUGGCGAGUGUACCGGACGGGUGCAAGGCUAGCUGUUGCAGAAAGGAGUUGACGUGGACGAUCUGAAAAUGCACAUCCAGGCCCGGACAUCUGGCGGUAGUCAAUCGGAGCCAGACUGUGUUAGAUACCCCUACCCGUGCCUCAGGGGGUCACGGUGCGAGUCUGACGAGUCCCGAAAAAGUGGGGGCGAGGCACGGGUAGCUCUUCUUCAUUAUCGGGAACUGGGAAGACCAAAUGCCAAAUUAGUAAUGCCCAUCAAAUGUUUCAUAUGGUCCAGAAUGGUCAAGAUUUGUUCUUGUCUCAUUACCGGUGGAACCUUGUUUCUCGAACUGAUUGGUGCUUAGCCCGUCGGGGACAUUAACAAAGAGGUACUCCGGGUCAGGCCGGGGACCUCAAGACCUUAACAGGCUGUAGCGGAGACAUUGGGAGGAUCAUGUCUCCAUCUGUUCCCCGCUAGUAAGAGACUUAAUCACGUGAGAGCACAUCC